UAAUGAGUCGAGGCCCAACUCCAGCGCCAAGUUUCCCCACCCUCUUCCCUCGCCCGCCCUUCCCUCCCGGGCCGGCGCGCCGCCUAGAAAAACUUGUGCGGGGCCAUUUUUGGGGCAGUAAGAUCGAGCGAGGAGCCCACGAGCGAGCGCAGCGCCCGACAGCUCGAGCCGCCUCCGCCGCGCGACCCCACCUCGGCCGCCGCCCGCGCCGCGAGAUCCGCACCGGCCUCCGAGAGCGAGCCCGGCCGCCGCGCCCACCAGCCGCGCUAACCGCCGACCAACCGCCAGCAGGGUGCCGAGGGAGAGCAGAGGAGGCGGCAUGAGCGAGGCGGGCGAGGCCACCACCACCACCACCCUCCCGCAGGCUCCGGCGGAGGCGGCCGCCGCGGCCCCCCAGGACCCCGCGCCCAAGAGCCCGGUGGGCGGCGGCGCGCCCCAGGCCGCGGCGCCCGCGCCCGCCGCAGGAAACCCGGGUGGGGUCGCGGCCCCCGCAGCCACGGCCACCACGGCCCCCGCCUCUGCAGCCCCCGCCGGCAGCGAAGACGCGGAGAAAAAAGUUCUCGCCACCAAAGUCCUUGGCACUGUCAAAUGGUUCAACGUCAGAAAUGGAUAUGGAUUUAUAAAUCGGUAUCAGACUGCCAUCAAGAAGAAUAACCCACGGAAAUAUCUGCGCAGUGUAGGAGAUGGAGAAACUGUAGAGUUUGAUGUGGUUGAAGGAGAGAAGGGUGCAGAGGCAGCCAACGUGACUGGCCCAGAUGGAGUUCCCGUAGAAGGGAGUCGCUAUGCUGCUGAUCGGCGCCGUUACAGACGUGGGUACUAUGGCAGACGCCGUGGACCUCCCCGGAAUUACGCUGGGGAGGAGGAGGAGGAAGGGAGCGGCAGCAGUGAAGGAUUUGAGCCCCCUGCCACUGACCGGCAGUUCUCUGGGGCCCGGAAUCAGCUGCGCCGCCCUCAGUACCGCCCUCAGUACCGGCAGCGGCGGUUCCCGCCUUACCACGUGGGACAGACCUUUGACCGUCGCUCACGGGUCUUUCCCCAUCCGAACAGAAUGCAGGUAAAAUUGCACCUGGGACUUCUCUUCAGCAAUCCUCACCCUUCCAUCCUUCUCUGCCUCCUCUUCCUCCUCCUCCUCCAACACCAGCUGCCGGAACUAAAACCUUGCUUGUGGCUUCCCGGUGCUGCAAACGCUGAGGCAAGGCCUUCCGUCUGCUUUUGCAGAGCAGUCAUUCUAGUAACGUUUCUAAAAGCACAACCACACGAGCCAUGCCUAUUAUAG